AUGGGGUCCAUUAAACUCGUAGCUACAUCCAUACUACUGAUUUCAUUUUUUACAUUUGUUGCCUUCUUUGGGCGAUUACCUCAAUUUCGAAAUACUCCUAUCGGCUGGCUAUACAGGCUAUUAUGGAUUAGAAUACCUACGGCACUCCGAUACCUAGAUAUUAAGUUAACACGAGGUCGUCUUAGCCCAUGGGUUAUCAAACAAGCGCAUCAUCUCUGGAAUGACCGACAUCCAGUAGUACUUAUAUUCUUCAUGAUUCUUUUAGGCGCAUCUGAAGUGAUGUUUUUGCCCCCGGCAUGGCCUUUACUGUCGACUGUCCGGAGGUGCAGUGCUUUCAUUGUCGUUGGAUUACCUUGGUUAUUCCUCUAUGCUUCAGCAGCAAGCGAUCCAGGAUAUAUUACGCGGUCUAACCACUCGCAACAAAUGUCAUUAUAUCCAUACAAUUUUGCUAUAUUCUACCCAGGCCAAUCAUGUCGCACCUGCCUUCUCCUCAAGCCAGCACGCUCGAAACAUUGUAGUAUCUGUAAACGAUGUAUAUCGAAACAUGAUCAUCAUUGUAUUUUUAUCAAUAAUUGUGUCGGUUAUGGGAACUAUCACUUUUUUCUCUCACUUCUUGCUUCCACAGCAUUUUUAUCGACCUACGCAACAUAUGUCGGUCUCUCGAUACUUUCGGACCUUGUUCGCAUAGAAAUACCUAACUGGAGUCUUCGAGGAAAGGGCUAUGCAUGGAGCCAAUAUUUUAAUACUUUAGCAUGGGCACUCAACCAGCAAAUGAGAAUAGGCGCGGUCACGCUUCUAUGUCUACUGACUAGUCCCCUGAUAUUAGGUCUCCUGAGCUAUCAUUUAUACCUCAUUUGGGCAGGAAUGACGACAAAUGAGUCUAUGAAGUGGUCCGACUUGCAAGCUGAUAUUUCAGAUGGAUAUGCGUUUAUCCGAGCUCUACCAAAGGAUCGCCAGAAAGAUGAUAGGUACGAGCCUCUAUGGACACAAUGGCCCAAAGAAAGCGAUUACAUACUUACUCGCUCACACGACGGCCUUCCGCGCCAUAACAUCAUAGGUACUGGUGAGUGGGAACCAGUGUGGAAACUCGAUAAUAUUGAAAACCUAUAUGAUCUUGGGCUCGCUCAAAAUCUGAAAGAUAUCUUUCGGCCUGCAAAUUCUUUCAAAAAUUCAGAACAUACAGGUUGA